UCCGGCACAGUCUCGUCCUGGCAGUACCGAUUAUUGAAUAAUAAAAUACUUUUUAAAAAAAUGGAUGAAGAACCUGAAAGAACUAAACGGUGGGAAGGAGGCUAUGAAAGAACAUGGGAGAUCCUUAAAGAAGAUGAGUCUGGAUCACUUAAAGCUACAAUAGAAGACAUUCUAUUCAAGGCAAAGAGGAAAAGAGUAUUUGAGCACCAUGGACAAGUUCGACUUGGAAUGAUGCGCCACCUUUAUGUGGUAGUAGAUGGGUCAAGAACAAUGGAAGACCAAGAUUUAAAGCCCAAUAGACUGACAUGUACUUUAAAGUUGUUGGAAUACUUCGUAGAGGAAUAUUUUGAUCAAAAUCCUAUUAGUCAGAUUGGAAUAAUUGUAACUAAGAGUAAAAGAGCUGAAAAACUGACUGAACUCUCAGGAAACCCAAGGAAACACAUAGCAUCCCUGAAGAAAGCUGUAGAUAUGACCUGCCAUGGAGAACCAUCUCUUUAUAAUUCCUUAAACAUAGCUAUGCAAACUCUAAAACACAUGCCUGGACAUACAAGUAGAGAAGUCCUAAUCAUCUUCAGCAGCCUUACAACUUGUGAUCCAUCUAAUAUUUAUGAUCUAAUCAAGACCCUAAAGGCAGCAAAAAUUAGAGUGUCUGUUAUUGGAUUGUCUGCGGAGGUUCGAGUUUGCACUGUACUUGCUCGUGAAACUGGUGGCACAUACCAUGUUAUUUUAGAUGAAAGCCAUUACAAAGAGUUGCUAACACAUCAUGUUAGUCCUCCACCUGCCAGCUCAAGUUCUGAAUGCUCACUUAUUCGUAUGGGAUUUCCUCAGCACACUAUUGCUUCUUUGUCUGAUCAAGAUGCAAAACCCUCUUUCAGCAUGGCGCAUUUGGAUAGCAAUACUGAGCCAGGGCUUACAUUAGGAGGCUAUUUCUGUCCACAGUGUCGGGCAAAGUACUGUGAGCUACCUGUUGAAUGUAAAAUUUGUGGUCUUACUUUGGUGUCAGCUCCGCAUUUGGCACGGUCUUACCAUCAUUUAUUUCCUUUGGAUGCUUUUCAAGAAACUUCCCUAGAAGAAUAUAAUGGAGAAAGAUUUUGUUAUGGAUGCCAGGGGGAAUUGAAAGACCAACACGUCUAUAUUUGCACUGUGUGCCAAAAUGUUUUCUGUGUGGACUGUGAUGUUUUUGUUCAUGAUUCUCUACACUGUUGUCCUGGCUGUAUUCAUAAGAUUCCAAGUCAUUCAGGUAUUUGAUUCCAGCAUGUAGUAGAUAUUGUAUGUGUUAAAAGGAAAGUUGCAACUGUAAAUAAAAUGAUUCUUUAGAAGAAUCUUCUUUUAAAACAUGAGUAACAAUUUAAGAAACUUUUUGCUAAGAAAAUACAGUAUUUUUUUAAGUGUUUUAUUUGUAUCUUGUCACAGAAAUGCCUGGAAUUCAAUAGUACUUGAUUCAAUUUUGUUUUUUAUUAUUUUGAGUUACGUUUUCAAAGUUAUUAUGCAUUAUUAUGUAUAAAUUAUUAUAAUAAUUAAAUUGAUGUGAUAAUUUUAUUUUAUAAUUAAAAUACAAAAUCUUUA